AUGCCAAACAAUGUCUACUGCAUCCACAUCGACAAGAAAUCCUCAGAGGUCUUCCGUAAAGCAAUUCAGGCCAUUAUACGCUGCCUUCCAAACGUUUUCAUCGCAGCAAACAGUGUUGACGUCAUAUGGGGACAUAUUUCUGUAGUUAAAGCUCAAUUUAGUUGCAUGGAAGAGCUUUUGAAGUCACAAGUUAAAUGGAAAUAUUACAUAAGUUUAGUUGGACAGGAUUUUCCGCUUUAUGAUAACAAGCAGAUUGUAAAAGCAUUACAAGGUUUAAACAAUACCAACAACAUAGGAAGUUUUCCACUGAUGGGCAAUCGUGAAUUCUCCCUCCGAACGGAAUUUGUUUACAUAUUAAAACAAAACCACAAAAUGUACAGAACAAAUAAGUCUAAACGGCCGCCACCACACAAUAUUACAAUCUGUAAAGGAUCAACACAUAUUAUUGCUAUAAGAGAAUUCGUCGAAUUUGCUCUUCAUGGUCAAAUAGGAAAAGACUUCUAUGAAUUCCUAAAAGAUUCUCUAAUACCGGAUGAAACGAUAUAUUCAUCUUUACAAAGACAUCCAGGAGUUCCAGGCGGAAUCAACGGAAAUCAACCAACAUGGAUAGCAAGGGCCAUGUAUUGGAGUAAGAAGAAAACCAGUGAAGUUUGUCGUGGGAAAGUGGUGCGACAGCUUUGUUGGAUUACCUUCCAAGAUUUAAGCUGGGCGCUUGGAGAAGAAAACAAAAACAAACUUUUUGUUCACAAGAUUCCGUUUAACUUUAACGAGGAAUUAAUAGAAUGCAUUCUCUUGGCAAGGCAAGGAAGGAAGUACAACACUGCAGUGUGGAAGGCCAAUAGUAGAGACCUUUAG